AUGGGUCGGCAAAGAAACCAUUUAUUACCUUCGAGAACUACAUUAUAUCGUGAUAGAAAAAAUAAUUUAGAUCCUGUUAUUACAAAGGCGUUUAAAGAUCUUAAACAAGUGCGCAAGGAGAUACGAACCACGACAACAACAAAGUAUUAUAGUCAAAGUGAAGCUUACCAUCCAAUGGAUGUCCAUAACGAAACAGAAUUUCGAAUUGAGCACGAGCCAGAUUCACAAUCACAAGAAGCUGGAUCAAAUUCGAUGGAAACAGACGAUGCUGA